AUGGCAAAGAAUUUUAGAAAAUUAACUUGGGAUAAUAAGAAAAAAUUAGCCUUUCAAAUCGCUGAUGGAUUAAACUAUUUACAUAAUGAAAAUAUCUUGCAUAGUAGUAAUAAUGCCAAAAUCACAGACUUUGGUAUUUCAAAAAAUAUGAAUGCACAAAAUUCUUCAAUUCAUAUCGGAAUUUUCGGUAGAAAUCCAUAUAUAGAUCCAAAAAUACUUAUAGAUUUAAAAUUUCAACAUAUUAAAGCUUCAGAUAUUUAUAGUUUUGGAGUGGUAAUGUUGGAAAUUUCUAAUGGAGUUUCUCCAUUUGAAAGUUUAAUGAGCAAAGGCGAUCAACGUAUUAAAAUUACAAGUGGAGCUCGUGAAACAAGUAUAGAAGGAACACCUCACUGUUAUGAAAUGCUUUAUAAAAAUUGUUGGGAUAUGACACCAGAAAACAGACCAAAAAUUAAAAACGUAUUAGAAAAAUUUAAGGAUAUGGGUUUUGGAGUAGACUGCAAAAAGGUUUCAUUAUCCGAAAAUUCAUCUCCAGAAGAUCCAUCCUCAAUUGAUUGA